CGGGACUUGAGAGACGCAUCUCCAGCGACUCGACAAAAAACUCACAAAAACCACGAUGAGAAUACAUCACUUUUCAAGUGGAUUUGUGUGCUUCAGCUGAUUUAUGACCUGGAUUAUCAUCUCAAACUUUCCACUUUCCAAAUUGACAGAGACAUGGACCUGCUCCCAGACUUUUGGAGGGAGGACUACUGGCUUCCUCCCGGCGUCAGCUGGGCAGAUAUGGAGCAGCUGGCAGACUCUUCCCGGCCAUGGCCGCAGGACCUUCUCACAGCUCUCCCCCUGGCUCUGGGCUUCGUCAUGCUGCGCUGCAUGUUUGAGAGGUUUUUGGCCCCGCCCAUGGGCAGAUGUCUCGGGGUAAAGAAUAGAUUGCAGUUGACCGCGGCCCCCUCCCUACAGCUGGAGUCGUUUUACACCCAGAGGAGCAGACAGCCGACACAGAGUGAAAUUGUCAGUUUAAUGACACUGUGUGGAAAAACCCAGAGACAGAUUGAAACGUGGUUCCGACUCCGCAGGAACCAAGACAGGCCCUGUCAAACCAAGAAGUUUGGUGAAGCUGCAUGGAGGUUCUUUUUCUACUUUGCAGCUUUCGUAGCCGGAUUGACCUGCUUAAUCGAUAGACCAUGGUUCUGGGACCACAGGGAAUGUUGGAGGCAGUAUCCAUUUCAGCCCAUGGAGAGAGCUCACUUCUGGUACUACAUGCUGGAGUUGGGGUUUUAUGGCUCUCUGCUCCUCCGGAUCUCUGUGGAUAUCAGAAGAAAGGAUUUUAAGGAACAAGUGAUUCAUCAUUUGGCUACCAUCUUCCUGCUCAGUUUCUCCUAUUGUUCUAACUACAUUCGCAUCGGCACCUUGGUCAUGCUGCUUCAUGACUCCUCCGACAUUCUGCUGGAGUCAGCCAAGAUGUUCAACUACGGCACUGGCUGGAGGAAGACAUGUGACGCGCUCUUUAUUUUGUUUUCCGUGGUCUUCUUUGUAACUCGACUGGUGAUUUUCCCCUGCAAAAUCAUUCGAGCGACUCUGCUGCUGUCCAUGGAGAUCUUUGAGCCAUUUCCGGGCUACUACUUUUUUAACGUCCUGCUGAUGGUGCUGCAAGUUCUUCACGUCUUCUGGGCGGGCUUAAUCUUACGUAUGGUGUAUAAGUUUUUGAAAGGCAAGCUAGAAAAGGAUGAACGCAGUGACGAAGAAAGCCUACUGGAAGAGGAAGAAGAUGAUAAAAAAGAAGAGCAUACUGAUCAAGAAGAAGAUCGUUAUUGGGAAAAAAGUAAAGAAACUCUGAACUGUAAACUGUCGGUGCUGACCAACAGCUGUGUCCUUAAUAACCUGACCCAACACAGAUCCUCCGUAGGGAACAGAGAGCGCAAAGCUCAGUAAAGACUGCUUUGUAAUGUUACGUUCAUGUUUUGCUUCUUCAGAAUUUUAUACAUAUUGUAGUUUGUUUUAACCUUAAAUCUCUAUUGUUAUAUUUAUAUAUUUAGGAGUUCCAGGUAGGUGUGAUUGAUUUGGGGUUUACUAUGGCUAUUCCUCUCUGUUUCACUUUUAAUUAAAUAAUCAAUUUUCAGAAUGUAUCCACAGAUAUAACAUUGAUAUAUCGUUUAACACUGGAUUUUUCUCGCUGGUGUCACUUCAACACUUGAUUGAGAGAAACUCGUCCAGAAGAAACUCCAGAUGUCUGCAAAGACAAAGUUAAUGUUGAUGUGGACAUUUUGCACUAUGUUUCAUGGAAGACUGUUGUGCAGAAGGCUCUUCAAUGUAAUCACAGAGCAGCACAUCAAAUCCAGACUGAAGUUUGCCUGUGAAGAUCGGCCCUGCGGUUGGAUGACAAAAAAUAUGGAUGCUGAUUUGUUUGGCAAGGAAGAAAAAACCCAGUUCUUACAGUGAGAUGUAAUGGUGGAAGCAUUUUACUGUGGGGCUCUUUUACUGCUUCAGGCACAGAAACCCCUUCUGGGGUGCAUUGGAAAGUGUUAAAAGUGGUUAUGUUCAUAUUUUGAGGAAUAACAAAGAAAUUGAUGUUGCUAUAGCUUCAGAAUCAGAAUCAGAAAGAAGUUUAUUGCCAAGUAGUUUAACACACACAAGGAAUUUGUUGUGGUGAUUGGUGCAAUUGCAGUUAAGGUCAACACAGUGACCCAAAAUAUACAUUUAAAUUCGUCCAAAACUUGUUGAAGGACACCAGAGUCCAUGUCCUGGAAAGGCACAGCCCAAAUUCCAGAUCUAUUGGGAAACAUGUAGUUUGGAUGGGAUGGCACAAUUUGCCUUGGAGGAAUGAGUUAUUAUCCUCAUCUAGGAACUACUAUAAGAGAUUGUUGACUGUUGUAAGUCACAAAAGCUUCACAACUGAUUGUAAAUCAUUAGAGAGCUAAUAAUUAUGUAUUUUUUUUAUUUCAAAUAAACACAAUCAGUAAAAUAUCUUAAAUUAGUUUGAUGGAGCUUUGUCCUUUUGGGACCAAAUACACUUGAAACACUUUGGAUAUGUAUCGCCUUCACUGGCACUAUAUAACUUGGAGGAGCAUGGUAGGAACCCUUCCACACUACUGGUAAAGCACUACCGCUUUUGUCCAAAGGAGCCGCCAAACUCAACAAAAGCUGAAAGUUACGUUGUGCUGCUUUAAAGCAAACACGAUGUUAAAGAGCAUAUUGCAGGUUAGAAUUUUUUCAAAAAUUAUACCUGACCUUAUGUGAAAAUGACUAUGUGAGAAGUUAAUGUAGGAUUUAAUAUGUUUUACAAGACAUAAGGGCACUUAUUCAGAGGAAAAAGUGGCUGAUUUUAGCCAAGCUCUACAAACGCUUUUUUUUUCGAACACCGCGUCAUAUGACGCAGCACCAGGGAGACGUCUCCACAGCUGCCCCAUCUGACUGCCCAGACCCGUACACACGUAGCCGGGUAUCUGCUAAACCGAAGAUAUUUUCCUACGUUUGGACCUGUCAUCCACAUG